AUGGCUCGUCUAAGGCGAAAAGGGACUGGCGAAUUUCCAAGAAAAUGCUGCUCGUGUUGGGUGAGAAUUUGGCGAGCUCUGAAGCAAGACAUACUGCUUUUCAUGAUCAUAAUCGGCGUGGUCGUCGGGUUUAUAAUCGGAGCCGCCGCGAACCCCUCCGUCAACGAGAUCGUGGAUCCAGAGCAAAAAGCGACGACUAUCAUGUUGAUUGGUUUUCCUGGCGAGCUGUUUAUGAAUAUGCUGAAGAUGUUGAUCCUGCCAUUGAUUGUAGCUAGCUUGAUCUGUGCGCUAGCUACGCUGGACUCGAAAGCAACGGGAAAAAUCGGUCGACGUACAGUACUCUACUAUCUUACAACAACCUUACUGGCUGUAGUCCUAGGAAUAGUUCUGGUGGUUAGUAUCCGACCGGGAGAUUCUGGGGACAAAGGGGAAGUCAAACAAAAAGAUGCAAAUGAGCCACAUCGUAACUUGGAUUCAUUCCUCGAUCUGAUAAGGUAGACCAUUUACUUUCUUUAAUCUUCACACUUUCGCCCGUCUAUAAUACUUUAAAGAACAGCAAGGCCCACAAGUUCUGCUUAGUAGCUUAAGUUUGUAGUGUUUAUUUUGCCAGCGAACAAUGCACACGACUUGUAUAUAUAAAAACAGGAACCGCAAGAAAACACUUUUUGACAACGUUCAUGUUUAAUGGUCUCAAAUUUAUAGUGAUAACUGAAUGUUUCUUGUACAAACAUCAUAGAUAGCUCAGAAAAGAAAUAGGAGUUUAGGUUUUUGAAGUUUAUUGUAAAUGGUACAACAUCCGCCGUAACUGAGUUGACUGGUUUGUUACAUAAUUCGGUAAUGCUCCGGUAAAAUAAUAAAUAUUUAACUACUAGUUCUCAAUUGAAGCAUUGACCUAAUAAAAAGAUCAAGGCUUACUUUUUUUUGCCUAAAACCAAAGACAUACACCUACUUGCAGGGGCGGUGGAAAACAGGGUUAUUAACUACUUCGUUUCACUUAGUAGAAGAAAUCAUGUGGUUCUCGAACUUUCAAUUUGAAUUUUUGUAACAUGCGUAAGCACCUUAACAACGAAAUAAAGAAAUCAUAGUAAAUGUCGAUGUUUAUGAAAGAAUUUUAAAAUCUUCUCCCUGGGAGAGCCUAGAUCUCGUGUUGUGAAGCAGCUGUUAGUAAAGCGGUUUUUCACACACAAAAAGAAACAAGUAAAUCUUUUUAUGAACCUUUGUUGCAGAAAAAUAGAUAUUCGAACUUUAACGAUGUUUUCGCAGUUCAAAUUUUUAAGGCUGAAAAGAACAGAAACAUAUUUAACUACAUCUUAACCUAAAACUAAUGAAAUGUUUCAUUUUUUGUCCUAUUCCGCCUUCUUGAAAAACUAACAUUUUUUAGUUGUUUGAGAGCACUAAACUGAAGUUUGAAACAUAUUUUGUCCUUGAAUUAAUAUGAAUUAUCAUUCGCAUUUGUAAAUGUGAAUUAAUUUUUCAUUCUCACUCUGUAAACUAAGGGGGGAGGGGUAAAGGGCCGACUAUCAAUUUACGUACCAAAAUAUGUGAAAUCAGACUUGCUGUAAUAAGGGGAAAGAUGGUAAUUAUGAAUUCAGUUAGAACUUCUUCGUCAAAAGAGAUUCAUCAUUUUAGCUUGGUCACUGAUUCAUGUGCUGCGGACUGUAUGACUAACGUGUGAUCGCUCUACUGAGACGAUUGAGCUCCGAAUUGCGGUUACUAGCAGUAUAUAUACUAACAGUACAUAUACACCUUGUUUUCACUAACCAAGGAAACUUCUCGUGCACUGGUUCAAGUAUUGAUAUCUUCUUAUCAUUACUUUUCUGUUUGAUAAAGUUAAUUAUUACAUUAGGCUGGAUGAAAUCUGAUGUGGACCAGCUACAGCAAUGCACACACACCGACACACAUAUAUGUCUAAGGUUGACCACUGUACCGGCGUCCGAGUCCGCUACUCUUUACGAACAGACGAGUGUCGAUUCUGUUGCGAACCACAAGAUUCAGAACAAUGAAAGAUUUGUGAGACGGGUCUUAAGGUUUUUUCUCCUUGUUAAAGGAGUGCUUUGCCUGAUCACAGUGUAAUAAGGGUUUCAAUAGACUUUUUUUCUGAGUCUUUAAUAUUAUUUUGUGUUUAUUUAUUGUAGAAGCUGUUUUCCAAAGAAUAUAGUCGAAGCAACCUUUCGCCAGGUAAGAUAUGCCGUCCGCAGUUUUCAAUUCUUUCAAUUAGUCAACUACUGUAGCUAAUCAGUGAAAUCAGGCAGUUAGAAGUCUUUCGUAUCAUCAAUCAGUUAGUCAGGUAGUCAGUCAGUCAGUUAGUUGAUUGAGUGAUCUGGAUCAGUCAGUGUUCAGUCAUUCAGUCAGUCAGGAAGUCAUGAGUCAGGCAGGCAGGCAUGCAGACAGGCAGGCAGUCGUUCAGUUAUGCAUUCAGUCAGGAAGUCAGUCAGGCAGUCAAUCAAUCAGUCUGGUAGUCAGUCAGUCAGUCAGGCAGUCAGUGAAUCAGUCUGGUAGUCUGUCAGUCAGUAAGACAGUCAGUCUGAUUCAGUCGGCCAGCUAGCUAGUCAGUUCAGCAGUUGGUCGGGCGCUCUGGGUCAGUCACUAUUCAGUCAGGAAGUAAGUCAGUCACCGUCACUGUCAGUCCGUCAGGCCAAAAGUGCACAAUCACUUCGGCUUACCAAUCAAGUGUCUUUUCGCACGUUUGGUUUUUCCAUCAGAAAAACACAAAAUACAAGUCGCUUUCAGCAAAGAUCAAGUCCUACAACAAAACAGUAGAUGUCAGCAACCUAAACCCAAACGAUUCCACGAUCAUUUACAACAAUGGAACUCACAAUUAUACCACAGUCACUGACCUUAUCUACCCUGGCUCGGAUACCAUACCUGAUGGCCAGAAAAUCGCCAGCGAAGGUGGAAUGGAUGUGCUUGGUUUGGUUGUCUUCUCGAUCGUGUUUGGCAUUGUUCUUGGAAGAAUGGGCGAUCGAGGAACGCCAUUGAAAGCUCUCUUCGAGACUUUGAACGAGGUUGUGAUGAGAAUGGUGACCUUAGUUAUGUGGUAUGUUACCGAUAGGUUUCACGAAAUACAGUUUUUAACUUCAAGCAUAAAGGUCAUAGUUUUCCGAGAAAAUUACCAGCUUCAUUGUAAAAAUGCAAAUGCAUGCAUUUAAAAUUACUUUAUAAGUUGUUUCUCUCUGAAGUAAUAAAACGAGCGACCCUCAAGUGUGCACGAAACCUCGUUUCAUGAAGACUCCUGGAAACGCAAACUGGGGCUCUAAAUUUUCUCGCUCUAAUAUCAUCAAAGGCAAAACAACAAUCGCAGUAUUUUAUAUUCUCAAAAAAGAUCUCUCAGUUAUUUUGAAAAAGCUGUACUAAAAUGCUCUAUUCUCAUGGUUCUUCAGCUACACUCUAACGAGAUGUACAAACUUCCCCCAGGUACUCCCCCAUUGGAAUUUGUAGCAUGAUUGCUGCCAAGUUAGCCGCCAUGGACGACAUACUGAAUGCACUAAGGUUGCUGGGAAUGUUCAUGGUGACAGUCAUUGUGGGCCUUUUGAUCCACGUCUUUGUUGUGUUGCCAGUUAUCUACGUCACCAUUACACGAAAAAACCCGUACAGGUUCAUGAGUGGUCUGCGCGAGGCAAUGGUGACCGCGUUUGGCACAGACUCGAGGUUAGUGUUUAGCAAAUCUAAAGCACCUAGCUCGGAUACUAGGGAGCAGUUCAGCUAAUCGGGACGGGAUACCAGUGGGCAAAAUUUUGCAUUUUGCAAAGUUUUGCACUUAACAGCAAAUUAAAACGGCGGGACUAAGGAAAUUAACCCAAUUCUUUGAUACGGCUUUACUUUUACAAGCCCUCCGUAUUGCUGGAUGUGUUAAGUGUCGGAACAAGAUCUUAUGAACCAACAACUGGCCUGCUCCCAGCAUCAGUGGCUUUACAGCUCAGCCCUCAAGCCAUUUUCAAUCUCACUUCCGCUGUAGUUGCCGAAAUUGCGUUUAUAAUACAUGUAGAGGGAUUAUUUGUUUCUUUGACCAUUUCGUUGUAACUCACGCUUAGACAACUGUUACACCAAAAUAUAACUUCAGUUAGUAGAAGAUUUUCUGUGUUUGUUAAUUUUUCUGAACUGGUUUCUGUCAUGGUACCUUUUUUUUUACGUAAGAGGAUAAUCAGCCUUCAGUCUAACGCCCAAUUUGGAGAACAAGCAGGUGACGGUUGCUCUUCGUCUGCUCCCCACCUUUCGACCUGUCCAUCUUGGGUGGCCCUACAAGAAGUCUAGGACUUCAGCCGGCAUAGCUUUAGCGUUCACUGGGAUACUGAAACUGAACCACCUCAGCUAGAAAAAGAGGUGAUCUCAAUAGAGGCUGCUCUUUUUUUCAACGAGGCACAAGGAAAGUAUGUGAGGUUGAAGAUGAAGGUGCGGUGAUUUUUCCAAACUUCUUGUUACCGUUUCUUUUAUCCGUAGCUCAGCGACUUUACCAACUACCUUUCGUUGCCUUGAAGAAAAGAACAGUAUUGACCGCCGUAUCAGCCGUUUUGUUCUUCCCCUGGGCGCCACCGUAAACAUGGACGGAACAGCAUUAUAUGAGGGUGUUAGCGCUAUUUGGAUUGCUCAACUAAACCGUAUUCCUCUUGCGCCUGGACAGAUUGUUACUACAGUGUAAGUUUGAUGAAUAUUCGCCGCUUUAGAAGCGAAAACUUAGCUUUCGAAAAGACUUCUGGGAUCGUUACUCAGGGGACGCGUCGGUCAGUUCUUGGCCAAUUCCCUCCACCACCCCCAACCCCCCCCCCCCUCGGGGGAAGUCUCAUAUAAAAGUGAAGGGGAUGCUCGUUGGGAAAUUGAAAUUUAACCCCCUAAGGGAGCCUAAUGUGGGUGUGGCUCAAGCUUAACUUACCCCUAAAGGAAAUCAUAUUAAAACAGACAUCACGGCAUUUUUUGUAAAUUUCUUUACGCUCAGCCCUAAGCGAUACCUGAAUGGGCAAACAAAUAGUGCCUUUCCGUCCCAAACACAAAUAAGUGAGACCAAAAUCUGCAAUUUACACCCAUAAGCGAGAUCAAUCCAGUCAGUGUUAGCCUGCGCUUUAAGUCUUCCGGGGACAAACGAAGCGUUUAUCCCAGUCAAGUUAGUCACCUGACCAAAAGUCUUGGAACCUUGCGGACUAUCUCCUCUUUUACUGACAUAAUCACCUUACGCCGCCAGAAAGGAGGAAAAAGUUUUGUUUGCAUAGGACGCAUGCUACAUAAUCUAAAAUCUCGAGAAAAAAAUACAUGGAAAAUUUACACCCCUUCCCGCUCUUCCGCAAAUCAAGGAUGGGAAAAUGGCGCGUUUUGGCGUUCGCGCGGCUGAAUAUUUAACUUCGGGGGAAUGGGGUUUCCUGUUCCAGUUUGUUCUGUCCAAGAUUGUAGUUUGGAGUUUCGAUCGACAGCACAGUUUGCCCGCAUUAGAUUUGGCGACCCUAAUCACCAGCUGUCCAUCAUUGACUUCAGUUAUGAGCCUUUUUUUCCCAGAAUGACGGCUACCGCAGCAGCCAUCGGUGCAGCCGGUAUUCCUUCAGCAGGUCUGGUUACAAUGAUCAUAGUUCUCCAAGCUGUGAAUCUUCCUACCGAGGACAUUGGGCUCAUUAUGGCCGUUGACUGGUUUUUGUAAGUUUUUUAGUUAGAUAUCGUUUAAUCACGUCUCACUGGUUUCUUUGAGUCUUUUAAGUAAAAAUCGUUCCAUUACGUCUCUCCAUCACUCUACGUCAGGGUAGAAAGAAAGAUGGGUGGAAUUCAGUACAACGAUUGUUAGUCGUAAAAUGGUAGUUAGUCGUCUAGGUUUUAGUUGAGUCUGAAGUUUAUUAAAAGCCCAAGUGUAAUGAUAAAUUAAUGGAGGUGUAUGAAUUAUUUGAAAAAUUGAAUUUAAAUCAUUAUAAAGUCAAACCGAUAGUCAGACACGUAGACAAUCCAAUGAAGCAAUCAGCUAAAUGCGAAUGGGUGUGGACAAUAUAGGACAAAAGUAAAGGUGUAAGAGAACUUCACUUUUUUAUACCGCCCUGUCGAGCUCACAAUCAAUUUUCACUGAAGUUAGUCACUUGGGUACGCGAACCCAGUGCAUUUUUAAAAUGUAUUGUUACUUUUAAAAUGGAGGUUAUUUCGUCUCACGUAGCAGGAUUAGGUCAAUUGGAAUUAGCGAUUGACUGGAUGUCGCGGGUUCCAUUCCCAGGGCCGGACCAGUAGUUAAGGUCUCAAAAUACUGUGAGAACUGGAGGUACUGCUACAAACGGCUAGACCUUCGUGUGGCUCGGAUGACCACGUAAAAUAGCGGUCCCUUCACCAGUAGGAGACGUAAAAAUAUAUUGUGCCCUCAAUUAGUACUUUCGUGCUAAUUACAUUGAAACUCAUAUAAAGUGCAUUUUUUCACGUGUCAGUAUUACUUCAUUAGGGAUCGUUUCCGUACAUGUGUUAACGUUAUGGGUGAUGCUCUUGGCGCGGGAAUUGUGGACCACUUGUCACGUGAUGACAUUAAGCUUUCUGAGCUGGAUGCAAACGACGAAACACCUCUGAAACACAACGGCGGCGCGCUUGAAGAUGAGGUAGACGACGAAGAGGAUCCUCUGAAGAUGACCAGUGUCUAGCCGAAAAAACUGGAGUCUAAAAGAUGUGAUGAUGCAUCUUAAAUAAUAUUUUGCACCUUCUUAUCACCGAAUUGUUAGCCUGCAUAACAGGUACUUUAGGAACCAAACGAGGCAAACGCGGCAUUUCGUGCCUCGCGCGAGAUGAGUACGAAUGGCGAGGGGAGGAGAAACAAUAAAGCAUUGUUUUUUUUCCUCCCCUCGACUCGCGCUUGGCGAAAAAAUGCCGCGUUCGCCUCGCUUGCCUCAUAAAGCGCCUGUAAUGCAGGCUACCGAAUUGUAAAAAACGUUAUUGAGCAGAAAUAACUUACACAAGAGUAGUGUAUUAAAAAAUACCCAAAAAGUAAUAAAAGCUUUUGCAUGGAGCAAAUGCGUCUCAUGCAAAGACUCAUGCAAAUGCACGCUGACCAUUUUUCUGCAGACCCCUUCCGAUCGUACGAAUUCGUACGAUUGCGAAAGAAAGGGUUAAAACAGCAGGAUUUGGAUGUCGUCAUAGUUAUAAAUAUUUUUAGUUUUAGCCGUUGAACAGGCCCUUUAUGGUUUAUAGGGUAAAGUGAAUAUUUUAGAAAGCUAGAAAGCGCUUAGACUGCAAACCGCUCCGUAUUUUUGUGUAUUCAAGUCACGCGCCGUAGUCAAACAAAAGAUCUGGAGCGAGGCUCGCGCGCUUCGUCUUCAGUGCAGACGAGCGAAAAAACCGAGCGAGCAGUGAAAUAGUGAACGAGCGAAAAAUGGCGGGAUGAGAUAAGGGGAGGAACCUGUAAGCGUCUUUUUAAAUACCUCAAUCUGUCUACCCAGCCCACUUUCUGAAAAACAAAUGUCAAAACGUCAAGGGUUACUCAUGCUCGACAUGUUCAUGUUUGCAAGACUCUGUGUGCCUGAAGCCAAUGAUUGACGUAGUAGUGUUGACGUAAACUGUCACAAUUGACCAAUCAUCGGGUAUACCAGGAAGAGGUAUACCGUUAUCUUCACUACCCUGUCUCUCCCCAGCCCCCACGCGAUUUUCGCGUAUUUUUUCUCAACCCGUUUUCCCCCGACCUUUCCCACCAUCUUAGAGUCUGGAACAGGCUACUUGUCCAUUAGCCUGAUUUUCAGACAUCCGAGGUCAUUCGCGGUCCCUUCGUUUCCCUUCCACGAGCCGAGGAAAGCGAAGAGACCGCGAACGACCCCGGACAAGGUACUGUCGAACCCCGCUCUACUGACACCCGCUUAAUACGGACCCCUCGUUAUUACGGGUAGUUGGCCUUGUCCCUAGGGCCAAGGAAAGCCAUUCCUUACAUUAUCUUUUCUAAAUUCAACCCGCCUUAAUGAUACGGACACUUUCUUUGGCCCUCUUUAGUGGUAGUAUUAAUGGGGUUUGACUUUGUACAGUUCGUUGCGCCCAGGACAAUACGUGACUUAGCGUGGAUUACUCUUGUUCAAAUAAUUCACACCAGAAUUAAGGACGGCAUUUUUGCUUACUGUCCGCCGGGUUCUGGUAAGUUUUGUGACAACAAUGUGACCAUCAUUCAUUUCUGUCCUCUGGUCUGAAAUGAUUGAAUUUCAAAGACUAACCGAAACUCGGUCUCAAGAUUUUGGUGUCGCUGAUAGAUAGGUCCCAAAGGAUAACUUUCUUUUUAAAAACAUUCUUUGUGCUAACAAGAACAUUCCUUCGUUGCAAUUGGCUGCUUUUAUAAUGGAUUUAAAAUGUCAUGUUACAGUAGAUUGACAUUAGAGGUCAUUAACACUGCACUGUUUAUAACCAAACUUGUCCUGUGCCAAAACUUUGCAGAAGGCAAAAGCCCGUUUUCAAGACGACAUUUUGUCGAUACCAAGCCUCAAUGAGUUCUUCACUUGAACUAACAAGGUUUGCUUUGUGUAACUGUAUCUAGAUCUACUUUAUUAAUAAUGUGAUUACGACUGACAUUUCAAGUACGUAAUUCAGUCAAAAAGACAAUUCGGCCAACUCUAAUUUAUGCCGGGCUGGCUGGAUGGCAACGGCCAAAAAUUGCUUUGGAUACAACGCUUUAACGAAGUAGGUAGACAUAUGAAGUCAAAUUGAGCUUAAGUUGCAUUUAAGGUGGUUAGCCUGAGUCUCUUUUUAGAUCUUUUUAUCAAAAUUGAUUAGAAUUUCGAGAAGUAAUGGCAAUGCUGUGUAGAAACUUAUCUGCUUUCUGCGUUAUCUUAAGUGUUUUCCACUACUGGCGAGUUCGAAAUAAGGAUUAUCUCAGUGUUUCUGCCUCUCAGUUUCGAAGAUAACUGUAUGAUAGAGGCGCUUAAGAUCUAGAGCGCGAUGUUAGAGAGAAAAGAUUGCCGUGACAGUAUUUUUGACGAAAAUAGCAGUAAUCUCGGGAAAAGGUGAAAACGUUGAAGUCUAUCGCAGGUCCAGUCGGUCUAUGUUCCUGAGGAAGAGAAUUUGAAAUUAACCUCUGAACACGAAGCUUAAUACAUGUCAUGAAACAACACGUAAAUGAGGGACCUUCAGCGACAACUUUGUUAUUUGUCCUAUUUUGAUCAUCAUUCAAGAUGUUUUAACGUUCUUGAAUCAACACAGCCCACGCUUGUUUUCAUAAGACUGUUUCAGCAUGUUUCAUGUGCCAAUUUGGUGCCCUCAUGUCAAACUCAUUCCCAGGGUCCUCUUACAUGGUAUCUUAUAUCCUGCUGUUGCCCGUUUACCUUUCAUGUCCCCCGGCCUGCCUCGCACAAGAGACUGGUGAUGAAACGCAAGGACAAAUUUUCAUCGAGAGCCGGACAGACGUGUCGGUAGAAGGCAGUCCCCGGCGACUUAGUGAACAGAUCUCCGUUUAGUUCCUAUGUAAAAAUGUGGCUGAUUCACUUGGUAUCACAUCCAACGCGUUUAAUCAGUUAUUCCUCUCUUCUCCUCCUCAGCCAAGUCACCUUUAUGUGAAAAUGUAGUAUAAAAAAAUCGUGAGACUUAAAUGCUAAUAACUACAUAUAUAGCACUGUGGAAAAAGUCUGACAAAGAGGUUUCAUUUGAUUGGCAAAACCACAGGAUUUCGUCCACAGAUUCUAAAGAUAGAGUGACAAAACAACUUGCUAAAAGGUUAAUUUUACUGGUUGGAUUGGAGGAAUGAGGCGGGUACAUGUGGAUCUUCUGCCAGUUUGAUUGGCUUUCUGCCCAUCACGCAACUGUUACGUAAAUAUCAAGACAUCAGUAGAACUGAUAACAGGCUAAAUCAUGUCUGGUAGCUCGAGGGUGGGUGCCAAAGGAGCCGCACAUAAGAGCAUUUUGUACACACACGAGUGUUUCAGAAAUCACCAUUUGAAUUAGUAAGCUAUAUUGCUUUCACGUGUACUAAGUGAAAAAGGAAACUUUAGACUUGCCAAUAUCGCAAUAACGAACCUGUCAGAUGCAGCAUCAGGAUCUUGCAUUAUUUAACGUCUGCUUCUGCUGUCUUUCGAAGCUAAGAGAUCACGUAGAAAAAUGAACGCUACAUACAGUUCAAGAAAUUAACUUUAAUUCACCCUUGCUGCUCUCAGCCUGUGUGACAGGCGUUGAAAAGGGUAGGGUAGGAAGGGAUAAAGGGGAGGGAGGGGUCGGGUAGUUGUUCUUUUCUUCUUUCACCGAGUAGUCACAGAUAGCCCAGGUAAAUGAGUGUAAGGGAUGCAAUAGCAAUCGCUGUUGCGUACUCAACAAGUAAAAAAGCAGAAGAAUUCCUUACGUUGUCUUCAUGUGUCAUUCACUGACUUCAUUGAGUGUUGCUGACAUUUGAGACCGCUUCAGUUUUAGUUGUGCCGUUUUCGUCCUUAGCAAAAGAGGAUGUCAUUUGAGGUUUAGGAGGCUUAGUCUGAACGAACCAAAUAUUUAUGGCAUCUACAUGAAUUAUUUCAACUAAACUCGCUGGAAUCGCUGUGAAACGGUCUCAAAUGUUCGGAACACAAAAAGGAUAACACAAGAAGACGUGUAAGGAAUUCUGCUGCCUUUCCAUUACUCUUUGACUCCUACAAACUAGUGAUCGCUAGAACCCCUUAUAAUUUAAUGAUUCCCAACAACAGUGGGCUUGGGAGUCCUGUUGAAUCACAAAUGCAGUUUCAAUAUGUACUCUGGUCCAGUCCAGUUCUUCAGUAUUCAGUAUUCCAGCGCGCGGCCACAGCAGCAACGGACUUUGAACAAGGAACCAUAUAAUAACGAACGGCAACCUGUUAGAACGUAGAUGCAGAUCCGAUCGCUUACUACGUUAUUUACAUAAUGGCAUUUUUGUGGCUUUGUCUCGGAAAUCACUCACGUGUUACUCGGCAUGUAAAUUACCAGCUGAAAUUAACAUUCAUUCAAUCCGCAGCGACGCUCAAAACGGAGUGAACGUGAUGGCGAGCAAAUUUGGCGGACGUUUUCGCAGCAGCAACAAUGCUUGCAGCAGGUGCUGUUCGUCUUUUAUGGGUGUGAUCAGCCGAAACUUGCUUAUGGUGCUUCUAGCUGUCGGCGCUGCCGUCGGUUUCCUGAUCGGGGCUCUCGUAAACAAACCAGUUCAGGACAUAACCGUUCCAGAAAAGAAGGCUACGACCACGAUGCUUAUCGGGUUUCCAGGCGAGUUACUUAUGAACAUGCUACAAGUUAUUAUUCUUCCUCUCAUUGUUGCCAGUCUCAUCACCGCUGUAUCUCAUCUUGACGCAAGAUCAACGGGAAAGAUCGGUCGGCGUGCACUGUUGUUUUACCUGACCACCACGCUUUCAGCCGCCAUCUUGGGCAUGGUGCUAGUUUCAUCGAUAAGACCUGGCAGAAAAGAUGAUCCGACUGGUACAGCUGCAAAGCCAAGACCGUACCGAAACUUGGACUCCUUUUUAGAUUUGAUCAGGUAAGGUUCAAGCAUAUUCAUUGUUUGUUUGCUAAAUUUGGGAAAAUGCUUUAAUUGAAUGGAAAUCACAUGGAGAUACCGAUCAAAUGCCGACGGUCGUCACGCCUCCCCAAUCACACCUUUAGAUACACAUGGCACGCAAUCCCCACCAAGUUUUAUAUAUCGGGAUUGAUGGUCAAGAUUUCAACUCGGUUGUUGGGCGUUUUGCACCAAUAUAAACAAACGAUUUUGAUCAUACACCCUUCGAAACAACAGCAAAAGUGUACUCGUUAGAAUAAAAAGAGGAACAUAGGAACAGGUGGAGCUCCACAGGAAACUCAACCACAAGUUAGAGGUUUUCAAAAUUAUUUUCAAAGGAGCAAAUUGAAUUCUGUCGCUGAAAUUCAAAUGUAAUUUAGUCAGCUAGGAAACUGAAGACCAACAAGUUAAAUUAUGUGCAACAACUUAUUAAAUAUAACCUCGAAGACAAAAGAAGCUCUUGAACAGGUGCCAAAAAACUGUUCAUUUUAUGUAAUUAUUGUCCAUUGUUUCUCAGAAGAGAUUAUCAGACUGUGAAAUGUUGUCCAUCAUUCUUCAAAGCAUAUUUAUCGACAUCUCGUAAUUUAACAGUCGGGUUUUGGAGGUUGAAAUUCUCUCUCCCCCUGUAGAUGGGACUGGGUGGGUGUGGCCUAUGGAAUUUGCCAAUUUAUGAGUGAAUUAUUUCAGACAAUUUUUCUUUCUCUAGAACCAGGGUUUCCUAAAAGUAUUGAAAGCUAUUUGAUGGGGAAUGGAGACGAUUCGUAUGUGAUGUGCUUUUUAAAAUUUCAUUUCCACUCAAAGAUUUGGUAACAAAUAGAUUGGUGGAUAUGGUGGCCCACAACUGUCACGGCAAAACCAAAAACCUCGUGACAAAAACAAAAUACCUCAUGGCAAAACCAAAAACGUCACGGCAAAACCAAAAACCUCACGGCAAAACCAAAUACUUCACAGCAAAAACAAAAUAGCUUUGGUUUUGCCGUGGGUAUUUGCUUUUGCCGUGAGGUGUUUGGUUUUUGCUGUGAAGUAUUUGGUUUUGCCGUGAGGUCUUUGGUUUUGCCGUGAGGUAUUUAGUUUUCGCUGAGAGGUUUUUGUUUUUGCCGUGACGUUUCGGUUUUGCCAUGAGGUAUUUUGUUUUUGCCAUGAGGUUUUGGUAUUGCCAUGAGGUAUUUUGUUUUUGCCAUGAGGUUUUCAGUUUUGCUGUGGGUAUUUUGUUUUUGCCGUGAGGUUUUUGGUUUUGCCGUGACAGUUGUGGGUAGGUGGACCUAAGAAAAUGAGAUAAGCAAACCUCUCAUAAGAAGGGAGGGGAAAAUACCUGAGCAGGGAAAUUGCCAUGAUCUGGUAGCUUUGUUGUCUCCUUUGCAGCCGUUCAGGGCGGGGCCUGGGGGCAUCGAGCAUUGCAUGACAGUUAGUGAUCUAACCAAUCAAAUCAUGAUACCAGAAUCUGGGAUGGUUGGGGUGGCAUCAAAACAAAGGCUUCAGGAUUCUCUGCCCUUUUUUCUCCCUCAGGCCACACUCAGCUCGCUUUGCUCAUCGACUUUAUUUUCACCUGGCUCCACCUGGGAGCCUGUUCACAGGCUACAAUGGGAAAGGAGGUACCCAUGGUGACUCCUAUUCCUGAAAUUUUAUAUUCCUGUUUCCUUGUCCUUACCUGCCCUGCAUUUCCCAGCAACUCCUUUUGCACAAUUUCUUCUGCAAAAUGUCUUGCACAAAUUUGCAAAAUGUUUUGAACUUGCUCCCUAUUGCCCACUUAAAUGCUAGCCAAAAAUCAUACGUCUGUUCUCACUCUCCCUCUUGAUUGUGUCUUCCCCUUCCCUUUAAGUCCAUUCCCUGUUGUACACGGCAAGUGCAUGUAUACAGGUCAAAAUUUAAUCCAGGUUAAAUUUUUUAACCACGGUUGGUUCUCAAUUACCUUUGAAUUAGGGCUAGGACACAAUGGAAAUUGAGAAUCAACCUAGGUUGAAAAAUUUCAAUCUGAAUUCAUUAAUUUCAGCACAGUUUAUUAAACAAAGUUUAUUUGUAACUUGUAAGUUAACAACAACAACAAUUCUGAUUUACUUCACCUAAAAUAUACAUAACACAGUGCUGUCAAUUUUGACCUGUAAGAUAAUUAAUGUGUUAUCUUAGUGAGAGAUCAGCUGACAUUCCAAUUUUUGCAAUCUGAUCUAUAAUAUUAAUGACAAUGAUAAUGACAGACUUUAUUGUUUAAGAAACUCCUGUUUUUUGUUAAAACGACAGACCAUAUAUGGUGUUAUUGAUAUCAGAGUUACCCUAUUUUGUAUUUCUUUACAUAUUUUGUAAGUGUUUGCUUUAUACAUGUAUCCUGUCAUACACUGAUAGUUAAAUAUUUCCAGGAGCUGUUUUCCGAGUAACCUUGUUGAAGCGACCUUUCGUCAGGUUGGUUGGUUGUGUGUGAAGAAUCAGGUGCCUUUCAAACUGAAGGAAAAUAAUUUUACUGAACAUUUUUAAACUGGACAACAAAAUUAUUUUGCACUGAAUUUUCUUUUUUUUUCUUGUUGUGGAAGAAUUACAGUGUGGUUUUUAUUUCUUGUUAUUACUUUCUUGAUUUGGUAUGUUUUCACCUUCAGAGAGGAUCAUGCAUACAUUGUUUCCCUAAGCUUUUUUGCAAACAAAAUUUUUUUUUGGUGAAUUCUUUCAUUUAUUUGUUUGGCUUUAGAAACAGCUAAAUUAAACAGCUGAUGGAAAAAAAUUCUUUUUCUAGAUUUCAGACUGCAUUUUGAAAAGAAAGGAAAUUGUCAAUUUUAAUAUUGUAGAUUUGAACGUUAUUUGUUACAUGUAUGUACACUGUAAGAUUAAGCUUGAUGUUUUGGGAUGUCCAUUAUAACGUGUUUACAAUAUUAUUCAUAUCUUCAGGAACUUAUUAACAGGAACUAAAUAAAAUUCUUUGAAUUUAGUUUGUUAUAAUUCAUGACUGCGGUAUAUUUUGGUAGUUGAUGUUCAGUAAAAUGUUUUCACUGUUUGAAAGGAACUUAAUUCCUAAUUUCUUCUUCAUCGAGAAAAGUAACCUGGAUGGCUAUAUUUGCAGUAAUGAUAAAAAAGAAUGAGCUGUUUGCAAUAUUGCAUACGUAGUAAAGUAAUGCAGCUACAUGUGCAUGUCAGGUGAUGACAAUAAUAUUGUGAAGCUUUCAAUGAUGCUGGUCAGCUAAACAAAAAUUGCCCUUAAUUUUAAGUGCUAAUAUCACAACUUGAACUAGUUAACAACAUGUAAUGUAAAGUCCUGUUAUUACUGUACCUCUGUCUCAGGAGUGAUUCAGACUCUGAUCGGCCUCCAACAGGGUUGCAAGAUGUACAGUAGGUUCAAUAUUGCUUUUGUAAAUCAGAAACUUUGAGAUUUAGCUUGAGUAAGUUAUUCCACUGAGUCACAGUUACAUUAAAAAUCCUGCACAUUUUCAUUUCAUCCAAAACACUCAUUUAGAUUACUUCCAGGACAGUGUUUUUUACAUGACAAGAAUUUUGUUUUACAAUUUCCUGAAAGAAAUAUUGGGUGUGAUGGUCGUUUUGGGUAAGUGGCAAGUGUGUGAAUAGCAUGAGGUGCACAGGAAGAUCUUAAUUUGUAAAUGUAAGCAAAAAAAAGAAAGAACGAAAAUAAAAUAAGAAAAGAAUAAAAAAAAGCUGAAAAGAGAUGAUGCCUGAAAAACAAGCAAAGACUUUAUGACAGUGUUCUCCAGUGGACUGAGAGGGUAAUGAAGGUAUCACCAGACUUGUUAUGGCAAAGGUUCAUUCUUUGCAAAUGUUGAGAAAGUCUGACUAGUUUCCUCCAUUUUUUAUCUUCCCUGCAGAAAAGAACACAGUAUAGAUCUGACCCUGGAAAAUACAAAGUGUACAAUGUAACAGGCAACUCCCCAGUAAAAAUUGGAGACAAUGAAGAGAUCAUCAAUACCAUAUUGUUCAAUGCCACAGUCAACAUCACAACUAUAUCGCGGGAGGAGUACCCCAGCUCAGACACGAUACCUGUCGGAGUUGGGACUAACCCCACUGGAGGAAUGAAUAUUCUUGGCUUGGCUGUGUUUUCAAUCGUUUUUGGAAUUAUACUGGGAAGAAUGGGACCCAAAGCCAAACCUCUGACAUCCUUCUUUUCUGCACUCAAUGAUGCUGUUAUGAUUUUAGUAACACUUAUCAUGUGGUAGGUGGCCCAGAUGCAAUUGAAUCUGUUUAGUUUUAAUUACAUUAUGUAACCCUAAGUUCUGAGUGACCAACAUCAAUUUUCUCCUUACAAGGUCAUUACAUAAUCAAGAGAAGAGGUUAUGAGAAUUAGUGAAAUAAUCACUGAAUUUAAAGUGCUUUGAUUAAAUUGUCUUAACUCAUUCUUUAUGAAAAUGUAUGGAGACCAUUAUGGAGAAUUUGUAUGUGGAUAUUAGUCCUGAUGAGCCCAUCAAGCCCUGAUAUCCACAUUUAAAUUCUCCAGAAAGAUGUCCACACAUUUCUUAAAAGAUAAAUUGUGAGUUGAAUAUGAUAUAAGAUCAAAGCAUUUUUGCUUAGGGGAAAAUUUCUCACUACUUUUUCUCUUGAUUAUAAAUGUGUUGUUAGGAGACAAUAGACUUUAGUCACCCUUGGACUUGAAAUCUUAGCAUAUACAUGUACCUAUCUUACACAUACUAAUGUCUUUCUUCCAUUCACUGCUAGAGAAAAUGAUGGAGGCUUGAAAGUUUGGUGUAAUCAUUCAAAUUGCACCUUUGUGGCAGUACUUUCAAAUAGAACUAUUUGUUUAAGACAAAACAAAAGUUGGAAAUUUAGUGAACUUUUGACUUUGUUCACUUGUGCGAGUGAAAGGUUUAAUACAAUGUAUUUACUGGCUCUGUUUACAAAAUGAUGUGGUAAUGAUUCAACCCUAUUAUUGUAACUUUUUUACUUUUCUUCCCGCCUCGAUUAGCUGUAGGCUACUUUGCUGGCAAGGAUCAAUAAUUAUUAUGGCUUGUAUCAAACGUGUUUUUAAUAAGCUUGAACUUAAGACAAGUUUUAGAUUCAUUAAGGCUUUAUUAAUUGGGGAAAAACUGACCCAGAUAGAAGGGUCAGGUGCCUUUCCAGCCGAGUCAACCUUAGUAAGCGUUUAUAUGAGAAAAAAGUUUGACCCCUAUGAUGGACUGAGUUGGCCUGGCUGGGUGAGCUAAAGUGGUAAUGUGGAGAAAAGUUGGCAUGGCUAGGAAGGUGACCCUACCAUCCCAAAUAGGUGACCCAGCUAGAUCACCACUCUAGCCGAAGCAACCUCUUGUUUCUUACCAGUGGCGGAUCUAGGGGAGGGGCUGGGGGCACCCCUCCUCUCUUAUUUUUAGACCAAACUGAAGCCCAAAGGGCCGAAAAGUUUUUUUUUGGAGACCACCCCCCCCCAUCUCAGGAUCUGGAUGACCGGGCCUCCCCCCCCCCUUCUCUGAAGGUUCUGGAUCCGCCACUGCUUAUGUAAACAGUUCUCUACAUUUUGUUAUGAAAUGUAUGAAAAGUUGGCUCGCCCAGGAUAGCUGGGAUAAGGGGCUGACCCUAACCCUCGAUAUAAUUAAAUGGGGCCUAAAUUUUUUGCUUUUACCAAAUACUGGGUGUCUGCAGCUUCUUGAUGCAGGGUUAAUACAGCUUUUAUUAUACUCAAUUUUUUCCCUAGUGUUUCUUUUUGUCCUGAAAGACUGAUGAAGCAAAGGUUUACUGAUUUUUCGCCAAUACGUGCUUAUUCAAUAUUUUAUCUGUCAGAAAUUCUCAUUUACAAACUUCACAAUAUUUGUUAUUGUAGAGGGGCACUAGCCUGCAGUGCAGGCGUUUUCUUCGGGCGCGCGAAUGUUUUGCUCGCGAAAGCGCAAUGUUGAAACUCGAAAAGAGGGGAGAAAAUGGGGCGAGUCAAAAGGAGCGGGGUAGGGUGCCCCAAGGGUUACAAUUUUUACUCUCCCUAAUCUUCCUCCGUCAUAACAAAGAUGGCGGUUACAACAGUACGAACAUAAACAAGCAGCAGCCCGCCCAAAAUACGCCUGCACUGCAGGCGAGUGGGGCACAAAAAUUCCGACUUUGCGUUCAUUAAGUGACAUUUUUUGAAAAGAUUAAGACUGAUCAUUCAUCUCACAUCAGCCAUCUUAUUCUCCGUUUUUUUGUUAGGUAUGCUCCAUUAGGUGUGUGCAGUCUCAUAGCGCAGCGGGUUGCCAGCAUGGAAGAUAUCGGUGGUGAAAUGAGCAGGCUUGCCUUGUUCAUCGUGACAGUAAUGGUUGGCUUGAUUAUCCAUGCGUUCAUCAUUUUGCCUCUCAUUUUCUUCGUGGUACGAAGAACCAAUCCCUUUAAGUUCAUGUAUGGGAUGAAGGACGCCUUCAUGACUGCCUUUGGCAUAAGUUCAAGGUACCUGUAACUGAGAAUUGUCCGCCCUCCCGUUCCAAAGAUCAUUCAAGUUUUAGUCAGCACAAUAUCCUAUUUUUUUCCUCACAGCUGUUUGGGAUAAGACGCGACCUGCGAUGUCAAAAACGUCUUUGGAUUUUUUUUUGCGACGUCAAUCAAAAUCUAACGGCUCGGUGCUUUCUGCACCUUAACCAUAGCGGACGUCUUAGGAAACAGAGGUUUACUUCAACGGGUUUCAAAAGGUCAUGGUUUGUGACUUGUGAUUGGUUGAUUUUGAGCCGUUUUGUGUGUGUUCGUUGCUUUUAAACUUCAGCAGAGUUCGCGUGUUUUUGAAAAGCGCGGCAAGUUUUCCCGCCUAGGGCCUUGUCGGAUCUUGUCGAUCUGGAGGAUUUGUAUUUUGAUGUUCUGUUGUGUGAUGUAAACUUUUCACGUUUUAGCUCUCAAGUUUUUUUACCUUCUUACUGAAACAUGACAAGUUUAGAUUCCCAAGGUGAAAUUGUUCCUACAAAGCUUCCAAAUCCAGAAGAAACACAGAUAUGGGAGGGUGAAAAUGAAUCGGUACGUUCCCGCCAACAUUUAGUUUUGCCGCUUCUGCUUGUUAUUUCCUCCUUUAUUCGACAAGCAAGGAUUGGAUGCUAUGGUAACGGUUUGAUUGACGUCAAAGAAAACCCCAAAUUCUGAAACGUCUUUGAUGACGCAGGUCGCGUGUUACCCGAAACAGCUGUAAGCACAAAAAAAAUCAUAAAAUGAAUGUACUUUUUUUAAUAAACCCGUAGCGUUUAAGCUUUUCUUUAAUGCACACGAAGGUGUUUUUGUCCCCAACCAGAACUACUACUCAAAGCUCAAAGUUCUGUUUAUUGACGUUGAAAAAAUAACAACCCCGACUGGUUAUGAUGUUUUUUUUUUAUACAUUAAGCUUGAAACCGUAUCAACUCUAAUGGAUGGAUUUACUGAACAGAAAGAAGAAGAAGUUAUCUCGUUCCCAGGGUCCCCUUCUACGAGUCCCCCGGAGGACGAGUUGGGGGCGACCCUGAGAAGGAGGUUGAUAAAGUAGAAAGCCUGUUCCAGGCGUUCAGUUAGUACCCCCCACCCCUCGCUGUUUUACUGCCCACAUCUCUUUGCACUGUCCUUCCCACAAUAUGAAAGCCUGGAACAGGCUAAGAAUUUAUUGAGUUGCAAUAUUAGUUUCUUUUCCGCGACUCCUUGAAUGUCUUUAAAAAAGACUUAGGUUUACACUAACUCCUUAUUAGUUGUAGAGUUUUUUUGAUCUUACCGACUUUUCUCACCCUGAAAACGCCCUUAAGUUGUCGUUUUGAUUGUUUCAAAAUUUCCGUUUUUCCAUCAGUGCGGCAACUCUGCCAACCACUAUACGCUGCCUUGAAGAAAACAACGGGGUGGACCCUCGCAUCAGCAAAUUUGUUUUGCCGCUUGGCGCCACAGUGAAUAUGGACGGUGCAGCUUUGUAUGAAGCCAUUGCAGCGAUUUUUAUCGCGCAGCUCAACGGAUAUGACCUGUCUGGAGGAAAAAUUAUCGCCAUUUGGUGAGUGUUAGUAAUUUAUUAGCCAGAAGCUACUCAAACACAGGCUUUACAUGUCUGAUUUUUUUCGUCCAGUGUUUAAAAUCUUCCUCUAUCUGCAUAUAGAACAAGGAUGAAGAUUAUUUAACCCUCAUGGUCGCUUCUUAAAAGAGUUCCUACCGGGAUGACAAAGACCACGCCACCGCUCAGCCAAAAAGCUGUCUAGUCACGUUGGCGGUAUAAAGCCGUGUCUUCGUGUGCAAGACGUAACCAGAAAAACCAGUGGCUUUUUAUCGCUUUGCCCACCGAAUCUUGUUACAGCGUAUUAGUUAGCCUGUGAAUACCGCCGAUUCUCAUUGCUCUCCGCCUCUGAAACAUUCCCCGUGACAAGUAGAGACGACAGGCGGUCGUAUUCCUGGUUAUCUACAGGGUGCAAAGAAAAUCAUUUUUACAGCUUGCCAUUCGGGCAAGCUGAAGCUAGCAUUUACUAGCCCAGACGUCAUUUCAACUAGCCCCAAAAGCUUUUCGUCGAGCAAAAUUGAUUUACACUUCUUCUGUUAUUCGAAUUCCUCAAAGAACACCACUGGCCCGUCAGGCAAGUUAAAAACAGAAUUCACUAGCCCGAUAGCAAAAUCCACUAUCCCCGGGCUAUCGGACACUACUUUCUUUGCACGCUGAUCUAGUAAUUCAUAACAUCAAAUCCUGCGAAUACGGCAGCCUUCUUAUUGCUCUCUCCGCCGCUGGAGACUUUUCGAAAGCUGAGAGACGUUGGCGUGUUAGCCUGAAUUACAUUGUAGUGUCAUACCGAUGACGUAAGUUUGUUCCAAGCGGCGUGGAGCGGUUAGAGGCGGCUAUAUUCUGUCAAGGUAGUAACUGACGAAAAGGUCUUGCAAUAGCAAGUAAAUAAUGUUCACAAUACAAUGUAGCUGUUUUUACUGUUCAGCAUUACAGCAACUGCUAUUGCCAUUGGUGCCGCUGGCAUUCCAUCUGCAGGCUCCGUAACCACCAUUAUUGUUCUUCAAGCUGUCAACCUACCGUUGGAUGAUAUUGGUCUUAUCAUGGCUGUUGAUUGGUUCCUGUAAGUAGUAUUCCCUUGAAAAUUGUGGUGUCAACUCAUAAAUACCGUAAAAAACAAAACAACAACAACAACAACAACAAACUACAUACUGGAGGGUAGAACCCCUAUCAUUCGAACUCUGAUAACUCGUACUCCCCGCUUACUCGACGUAAGACCAAUUUGUUUCCCUUGGAUUUCAACCAACUUUUCAGCCUUUCUUACUUCUUUUACUUGAACUUUUCUUUCCCGUGAUCAAAAUUUCACUGAAAUUCACUCGGAUACAUGACUCGGAUUCUGGUUCUUGUAACACCACUCGGAUGUCAUCCCGUUAACUCUUCUUGUUAUUUAAUCGGUAAAAACAGUAAAACUAACACUAUAGCAAGUUAAUUGUAAUUGGUGUAACGAAAACAUAACGAUUUAUCCUAAAAAUGCAUAAUCAUGUUACCGCUUCUGAUGAAAUAAGUUAAAUUAGCACGUUACUCUACAGUGAAGUGCUGAAAGCUCAGAAAAUUUCAGUUAUUCAGAUAACUGAAUAUUCAAUCGAUCCCGAUAAGUCGAACCCCCCGCUAACUCGAAGUAUUUUUGGUUUCCCUUCAGCGUAUGAAGUGUGACUUUCUUCCUUUUUCGUUUUACGCAGGGAUCGCUUCCGUACCACCGUUAACGUGCUGGGAGAUUCCAUUGGCGCAGGCGUAGUAGAGCACCUGUCACGUGAUGAUCUGCGCAAGUAUGACUCUUGUAAUGGCGCAGUAGAUGAUACUUUGCCGCUUAGUCACAAUGGAAAUCAGGAUAAGGCGGAAAAUGACCUAAACAUGGAGGCCACUUCCCGUCUAUAAUUCACUUCUUUCUUUUGCCCUUACUGCUUGUCUGAAGAGCCUAUGCCAAUUGUUUUUUAUUUUAUUUUGUUUUAUUAUAGGGGGAUGCGGGGGAAGGGUUUGCUGACCCUUACAUGUAUGUUGUCUGGAUAGAGAGAAAAACUCCUUCUCAUGUUUGAUAUCACUUGUCACGGUCUGGAUAUCAGUUGAAGCACUUCUCGUGUUUGAUAAGUAAUGUAUCAAACACAAGAAAGUUAUUCAUUAGAUAUCCAGACACCUUUCACUUUCGUGAAGAGGGUUAGAAUAAUGGGUUCUUAUUACUAUUACAUGAUGACAUUUUUGAAAAGUUAGCUUUGAAUUCCUUCAAGAACUGUUGAUGAUUUGAGAAACUAUAUGUGAUGUUAAAGGCUCUCUAUGUUCCCGCCGUACCACCGUCCACUUUGACAGCAUAUAUUUUUUGAUAGUUGCAAUGCUUAGAUAUCACGAAGAUAUUGUAGUCGUUUAUAUUAAUAAUCACUGUCAAGGUAAUUUGUUUUAGUAGUCGUGAUUCCCGUCGAUCACUUGUAUUAUAUCGUAUUUGUAUUUUAUAGUCUAUAAGCAAGGAUAUAUUUUGUAGGAUUUUGGUAAUUUGGUGUUUUACAUAGCGUAUUAUUCGUGUCUGGCAGCUAAAGGUAAGGUAAAACCGGCAACAAGAACAUGCAAUUUGUUUCAGCAAACCCGAUUUGUUACAAGAUAAGUUUGAUAGCUAUUUCAACUCGUUGUACAGCAAUGUUGCAAAAAAAGGUUGCUCGUCUUUAUUGCCUGUUUUAUCGUGGCUUUAAACAGGAAGCUUGCCAUUUGCCAUAAGUGAUUGACCGGACUGGCAAGUUUGUGAAUCUAAAUUGGUCAUUCCUUAAAAAGGAAACAUGAUUUUUUACUUACAGUCAGACCUACUCAGGCUGCCACCAGUUCUGGGAAAUAGUAAACGUCUUUUGUUUUAAUAGUAAUGAUAGUUUGAAUAUUUUAAACAUUUAUUUGCGUUGAUGAAUAACAGGCGACCAGAAGCGUUCGUAGAACACGGUCAUUGUUUUGGGUCUUCCUCUAAGGAGUGUUAUUUUGAUACGACGUUGUAGUGCACAUGUGGUUAGUGGUUAGUUGUUUGGAUAACUUACUGGAUUGUAGCUGUGGCUACAGGACUGCAGUUCAGGACACUCCAAUGGGUGACCUGUGGUACUUUGCGUCCACAUCAGUUUUCAGCCAUCCACAAGGUCCGUGGAAACUUACUGAUUAUACACAUGUGGGGCCAUGUGGGGCCAUAGCCCUAGGGCGCAACUUGCCAGCUAGUGCACACGUAGUUAGUUGUAAAACGUUAUAGGUUUAAACGUUCCGUGCGAUAAACGUAUGAACUGUACACUGUAGUUAAAAGGACAGUUACCUCUGUUGUUUCAUUAGUAUGGUCAGGCUGCAGCCUUGUUCCUAGGGCACCUCUCUUUCCUUAAGAGAUGAGAGAGGUUGGAAGUUUGGGAAAAACAGAAAAACCACAAAAUCAACUUUGGCGAACUGUUAAUUCCGCUUUUGAUUGUCUAAGGUCCUGGGACCGGUUGCAAGGACUGGUCACCAUUAGGAGCUACAAUCGUGCCUUGGUGUUCAUUCCUUGGUACCUAGGAAACUUCUCGUGCUCUAUUUGUUUUUCCUGAACUUGUUUAUCUGCGUUCGGCCGAGUUAUACAGUGCAAGAAAUUCGCCCGGGAUGAAAAGAAUGAUUGUAGAAAAUUCGCAGGUGAUCUUAAGGUUGCUUUUUGUAACAGGUUCCUUCACGUAAGCCAUAGUUUUUACAGUGACCAUAUAUAUUUGCUAGGAUGAAGAUCUAAGAAGGAGGAUGUCUGAUUAGACACUGAGAAACUGUCCUUUCAACGCAUGUUUACAUGAAAAAAACCCUGUGGUUAGUUCGGAACCCUACAAUAGGCCUUUCGCAGCCACUCAUUUACGUGGUACAAAACCGCAAUGACGCACUGGGACUCUCAGAAAAAAUCACGUUGUUUGUCUUUUCCCAGUGCGUAUCUUGUUCUCCAGCCUGGUGGUUUUGUACAGCGUGAGGGACUGACUGCAAAGAGCCUUUUAGUUUGUUAUGUUUGCUUUUAAAUCUCCUGUUUGUAGGCAGUACUACUCUUUAGGUUGGUAGCCGUAAAAUACAUCGAUAUUGUGAAUAUCGGGGGCUAUUUUGAACCAGAACUUUGUACAAGCUUUUUUUUCUAACUAAAACACCAGUUGUUUUUAAUCAAAACCUUGUGUAUCGGAGUUUUAUUGGGUCAAUAUUGUAGGAAAUAGGAUUAUUAUUCAUUGAAAAGAUUUCACCGUUUCUGAUUGGCUUUAUACUAGCAGGCGCAUGCCAUAUUACCAAGAUGCUACUCCAUAUAAGGGCAAUAUACCGUUGACACGAUUUUAUGUUGCCCCAAUUUAUAGAAUCCUCAAAUUCAAGUAGCGGCGCUGCAGCCGAGCUGUCAUGGCCUGAAGGAGCUCAAGAAAAUGACAGAGUUCCCGUCUAUCCUAUGAUUACUGGGCGGAAAAAAUGCAACAGUCCGAAAAAAAGAAAAUAUUGCUUAUUUUUAAGGAGUAUCUGGAGAAAAAUAUAUCUGUAUUACGAAACUGUGCCGAGAAACCAAAAAAUAUUUUCAGGAACUUUUACCAGGAGGUAACAAGAACGCGCUUACAACGGUAUCAGACUCGCCUGCUUGGAGAUUAGAUCGAGAAAUGAGGAGGCGAUUAAUUCUACAAGAAACAUGAUUUACUCGCUAAAGGUUUUUUACUUCCUACUUUCUCAAAGUCGAUACUUUUUAUUUGUUUCUGAAUUUAUUUAGUACGCGUGUCAGCGACGACCAGAAAUACCUAUGCGGUAGCAGGCUAUACGCGUGUAUAAAUACACGAAAAUUCAAGGGCCUCGAUUCCAGAGAAAUUACAUCGUCAGAUAUCAAAUAAGUGACUUACAUGGCACGUCCUUUCAAUCAUCGCCGAAAAUAAAUCGCAUGCUCAUCACAAGACCUAUCGUUUACAACACCUGACCAUCGCAGUUUUGCUAAUUAAGAGUCUUGUUUUUUUUUCCGACCACUUGGUAGUGUUCACUUGUUCCAAGGUAAUCAACGCUUUCAAGCGAUAGAAUUCGUGGACCGACACGUUUCGGAAAAACUCUAAAUUUAAUCUUUCCUAAGCUUUCAUCGCAAAACAUCAGGGGCACCCAACGAGAAUAUAGUUCAAAACCACUUAAACAUAGCAUUGUUGAACGUAUUUUAGUAUUUAAACGGUAGAUAGAGGCAUAUUUUUAUCCUCUAAAAUUUUUUUCAUCUGUUCGGAUUUCCUAGCUGAAAGUCUAGUGGUGCGAAAAUUAUAGGGAUCAAAACUUACCUUUUGAAAAUUUCAGCCAGAAAAAGGGCUCCCGAAAACUGUAGGUGACCUUUUGAGCGUCAAAAUCCGUUAAAAAUGGGCAAUUAUACCAUUUUUUAGAUGUUCUAAAAUCCUAGGAGAGGCAGGCAAACAAGAAAUUUUACGACAAAUGUUCCGAAAAUUCUAGAUCUCAAAUCUUCUUCCGAACACACAUUUUCCAAAAAUUGUCGUUGGGAGCCUCUGAAAACAUGUGUGGCUUUAUGCGUGGCUUUAUGCGUGGCUUUAUGCGUGGCUUCGAUCACGCAAUGAUUCUUAGUCCCGGUUUUCACGGUCUCCGCAAGGAACGCCUGGCACAAUGACCUCCCUUUUGUGUCCUAAAUACGAACAAAAAUCCUGGGGGGGGGGGUUACUUCCAGAAAAAUUGGGUGGGGGUGUGCCACACGCUUCCUGAAACCCUUACCCUAUUUCAGACCAAAAUCUGUGAUUUUCCUUACCCUAUUUCAGACCUGAUAAAAAAUUUGAUACCCUAUUUCAGACCUGAAGCCCUGGAGAGCGUGACAAGCUGUUAAGGCACGUACACGGUAGUUGGCGCCAACAUUAAAAGGGAAAUGGUCUUAUCGCCAAAUGACUGAAGAAGUAGCUAAUUCUUCUAAAACACAUUCCCAAUUCAAGACUAGAGAGCACAAACCAUACCCUAUUUUAGACCACCACGGCUGAAAAACCAUACCCUUUAGCUCGGCACAUACCUAUAUAACGGAAUUACUGUAUGUAGUUGUAUAGGUAAAUUCUUUACCCUAAUUGUUAAUGACCGUCUUACAAAAUAUCUAGCCGCACACAAUAUAAUACUCAACAAUCAAAUUGGCUUCCGAAAAGGCUAUAGGACGUCUGACCACGUUUUUGUUCUGAAGUCUCUAAUUGAUCUUUAUACGAAAAAUGAUAAAAAGGUAUACGCCUGCUUUGUCGACUUUCAAAAGGCAUAUGACACAAUUUGGAGAAACGGCCUUUUCCAUAAGCUAAUGAAAUACGGAUUUUCACAGAAGAUUAUAUUUCUACUGAAAAGCAUGUAUGACAGAGUUGUUUCAGCGGUAAAAGUAAAAAGCGGGCUAACGGCGUCGUUUACUCAUUUAGUAGGGGUACGAUGGGGUUGUAACCUAAGCCCAACAUUACUUAACCAGCUUGACAUAUUUGUAAAUGACAUUGUUGAUAUAUUUGAUUCCACUUGUGAUCCCUUGAUCAUGGGAGAAUGCAAAAUCAAUUGUUUACUUAAUGCAGAUGAUCUUAUCCUGCUUUCCAAAUCAGAACAUGGUUUGCAGAGAUGCCUUGAUAAGUUAAGUUGAUACGCUAAAAAAUGGCAAAUGAGGAUAAAUAUAAAGAAGACAAAUCUAUUAUUUUCAAUAAAAGUGGUAAAAUAUUUAGAAGUGAAUUCAAGCUAGGAAACCAGCCAAUCCAAGUAACAGAUAGUUACGUCUACCUUGGAAUAACUUUCACGCCUUCUGGUUCUUUUUUCACUGGCCCAGAAAAAGCUAUAUAAUAACGCCACCAGGUCUCUUUAUAGUUUCCUGUCAGAGGUAAAUAUUUACAAUGGUGCAUCUGUCUCAACAUGUUGAAGAACCUUACUGGGGGUACUAGCAGGUUCUAACAACAAACAGCAAGACAGACAAGUACUUGUUCAAUGACUUUCUUUAAUUCUUCAGUAAGGUGUCACGAAGUUAGCGCAACUUGUAUUUUACAAUUCUCUACAAGAUCAGUGUUGAUUGGUUGAAACAGCUUCAUUAGCAUGAAACCUUCGAGAUAAUUGCUUUGUCGAAAUGACUCUUCAACCGAAGUUUUCACUGCUAAGCUUAAGUCAACUAGCCAAUAUAAAACUAGGAGAACAAUAUAAAAACUACAAGGUAUAUACCAUUAAACAGACUUUUCAUACUAACAGAUAGGAAAGUGCUAAAAUUACCGUUUGAAAAUCCAAGGUUGUUGUCAAUUUACAGAAGGUGUUAAGCUUCUUCAUCGAAGAUGAUUGGCUACAACUUUUCCAUAAUUUAACCACGAACGUGAUCGCCAACUUAAAGGAUAAAUUAAAAAUGCAGUUCAAAGUACAGGGCAGAAUUUAAAACAAUAGUUGUUUGAUUACAAAAAACACCUAUAAAAUCACUAAGCCUAAUUAAAGUUAUCCACUGCCAAGAAUUCGGUUAAAAACUCAAAGAAACACGUUUAAAACUCUUUAAAAUAAACAAGCAGGGUAGUAGUUCCUGGUAAAUAUCGAAGGGAGACCAGAUUAAGGUCAAUGAUGUCAAACUAGACAAAAUACUUAAUAUAAACAAGGCUUUGUCACCUGUCAAAGGCUUUAAUUAAACAUAUCUCAUAAAAAGAAGUGUUACCGCGGACAUGCACCAAGUUGGCACAUCUCCUUUGUACCGAAUUCAUGUCAGGAGAAACUUUCUAUCGAUCAUCAAUUACCUUAUACAACCAAACCUACCCGUAGUGAAGUAGCUUACUCAAACCAAUCAACAAGAACGCUUAUAACAACUCCACUACAAACAUAUAUUGUAAUAAUUGUCCCAAGUGGCUAACGUAACUCUUCAAUCAACAUUUUCCUUCAACAAGACCAAACAGAAUGAAUGAACAGAAAUCAUUUUCUCAUUUCGGGAGAGGAUGUCGUUUAAUCAGUGCUGAUGCGUAGGAGUUAACACCAAGUAAAAUGAUUCAAAUUGCUUUUUAUGAUAUUUCUCUUUAACCUAUAAAUAUUUCCCGAAACGAAUGAAUUUUGCAAUAAAUCCCAAACACCGAAUAAAAUUCCUUAAUAAUUUUAAGUCAAAAACGUGCGCUCUGCGAACAUUUUCCAUCGCUUCCAUUUUUAUUGUUUAACAAACAGUUCUUAAACUUUUUGAUUCUCUUGUGAGCCCAAUUCUUUUGUACAAAUGUGAAAUUUGGGGUUGUUUUUUUUAAAAUCAGUCGGGAAUAAUUAUAACAAAUUUGUCUCGAGAAUUUUUGACCAACGAAUAACACCCGAGAACAUGCAUAACUAGGUAUGCAAAAUGGCCUUAGGGGUUCACUCUAAAGCAGGUAACCAUGCUGUGAAGGGAGAACUCGGACGUUUUCCUCUUCAUCUUAUUAUUUACACUAAAAUUUUUAAGUACUUCUUAAGAUUACUUUCCUUACAAAAUAACCAAAUUUUAAAUAGCGCCGUAGAGAUAAGCAUCCAUCUAAAUAAUGUUGGUAAGCAUUCAUGGUUCACUAAUGCCACAUCUUGACUACAGGACGUUUCCUCACCUGGUUAGAAUGUUUAAAAGAAAUUUGUUUAUUAAGAAUACCAAGAAUGUUGGUCGAAAAGUCUGAACAAGGAUAAAUUCGACUCCUCAGUUUGCAAUAAAUUAAGUCUGUAUAGUGAAGUGAAAAACUAAGUCAGAUUUGAAUCAGGGGCACCCAACGAGAAUAUAGUUCAAAACCACUUAAACAUAGGCAUAUUCUUAUCCCCUAAAAAUUUUUCACCUGUUCGGAUCUCCUAGCUGAAAGUCUAGUGAUGCGAAAAUUAUAGGGAUCAAAACUUACCUUUUCGAAAAUUUCAGCCAGAAAAAAGGCUCCCGAAAAUUCUAGGUGACCUUUUUAGGGUAAAAAUCCGUUAAAAAUGGGCAAUUAUACCAUUUUUUAGAUGUUCGAAAAUCCUAGGAGAGGUAGGCAAGUAAGAAAUUUACAACAAAUGUUCCGAAAAUUCUAGAUCUCAAAUCGUCUUCCGAACAGAUAUUUUCCAAAAAUUGUCGUUGGGUGCCUCUGUUUGAAUCUUAUCUUGAUAAAAUAAAGAACGUUAAGACAAGAGUGGCAGUAACCAAAAUGCGUAUUUCUUGCCACUUUCUACCUAUUGAAUCUGGGCGCUACAAGAAGAUACCCAGAGAUGAGAGGCUUUGCCCCCUUUGUAAUAGAUCCGAAAUUGGUGAUGAAUUCCACUAUUUGUUGACGUGUACCCACUCAUCACUUUCUCAUAUAAGGGGUAUCUUCUUGGAGACUUAUACUCGAUAAACAGUAAUUUUAUGAAUAUGUCUUACCAGGCACUAUUUUUAUAUAUCAUGUCCAUGUGCGAUCAAAACAUGUUCAAUCUCAGUGCCUCUUAUAUUGAAAAUUUUCUAAAUUGUUAUGCAUCCGAACUCUAAUUAAACUUUCUUACCAUACGAGUAGCGUAGAAGCCGUACAUAGCCAAGUAAUUUUUUUCUUUUAUGAUAAUAUUCAAUUGCUCCUUUCUUUCUUACUUAACUUUUAUUUUACUUUCUUCAUUUGUUAUUGUUUUGGUACUGAAAUCUUCUUGUCGAAGAUAAAGUCAAUAAAGUUGUUGUUGUUGUCGUUGUUGUUGGUGUUGUUAUAUAAGGGACUAUCCCCCGGGGCGAAAAACGCGUUGUAGAUUAUGAGUCUCGCUGCUUACGCGAGCGAGACUAAUAAGAGAAUGAAUAAAAUAAAGCCUGUAAUAAAUUUUCAUACAUCGUAAUUGAUUUUUUAGUUUUUCGAUGAGAGGCAGCAAAGCGUGGCCAUAGAGAAGUAAUUCAAAAGGGGUGCAAAACAUGGGUUUUGAAAUCUCUCGCAGGCCAGUCUUCGGCGUUUGGAAUCGUCAAGGACGUUGUGCAAGACUUUCCCGCAUGGUCAAGCGAAAUCUUUUGCUUGUUUUGUUGGUUUUUGGAGCUGUCGUGGGUUUUGCAAUCGGCGCAAUAAUCAAUGAUCCAGUGAAUCGCAUCACUGACCCUGAGGAAAAAGCUACUGUUCUGAUGCUUAUAAACUUUCCAGGAGAGCUGUUUAUGAACAUGCUGAAGAUGAUCAUCAUACCUUUGGUUGUUGCCAGUCUGAUAACUGCCGUAUCGACUUUGAAUCCAGACGUUGCGGGAAGAAUUGGUCGACGUACAAUGAUCUAUUACAUAUCAACUAUGUUGUUAGCUGCCUUGUUGGGUUUAACAUUAGUGAUGGCAAUUCGUCCUGGUUUAAGGGGAGACAACGGCACUGAAGAAAAUGGUGAGAGGAAUUUAAAACAUAGAAAUCUGGACUCACUGUUGGACAUGAUAAGGUAAGUUAAAUGAAAUAUUAAUCAGCUGCUGCAUACAACGACCUGGUUUAAACUUAUCUGUAUAACAAGAUAUGUAAAAGAUAGAUAUUAAUAGAUAUGGAUUUUUUGUGCACUGAAGAAGCCCAAAACGUUUAAAAAAAAUUUGACAAGUAUGGGUUCCGUUUCUAAUAAGAGCAAAACAGAAACAACAGCCUUUGCAAAACUGGAUAAGGCGUUGAGAAGUCCAAGGUGGCAGAAACAUUCCUCAGCUUUAAUUUAUUUUAUCAAUCAACCAAAGCAACCGCAGAUUUAGCAGAAAAUAAGCAUAGGCCCAAGCAAAUGUGACAUCAAAAGCUAAUGAGCUAUAUCCAAAACGAGUUGCGAUUUUAAAUGUCCCGGUGCAAUGUGAAGCUCAGGCUCAGGUGAAAGGCUCAGGUGUUGCCUGUCAAUGCAAGAAAUAAAAUGCAGGCUUAAGGCGAAAAAGCCACAGAAAAACUGAAUGAAAAGUUUCGAAGCCACUGAAGCGUGUGACCUCUUAAUACUGAGCAGGCAUUUGAUAUGGGGUCUGCUUAAGUAGGUCUCUUUGCCGUUUCGAAUUUUUAAAGUCAAGGAAAACCAUGCUAGAAUAUCAUGGAUGAUAUUCACACGUUACACGUAUAAUCUUUGCAAGAGAGAGGACAGGGUCUCUAGGAACAAUUCUGCUCUCUUCCAAAAAUUUUAUAUUAAUACAUAAAUGAAUAAAAUUAAUUAACAUCAGUUACACAGGCCACUUUGCAUUCAGUGAUAAACUGACAGCCUUCGAUCCUUUAAUUGCACUAAAUGGCUAUACAAAUGACUGUACCGAUUGGAUAUAAAAAUUAAAAUCGACUUUGUGAGACUUUUUACACACGAAAAUCUAGAUUUAUUAACUUUCAAAUAUUUAUGCGAGCGUUAUGUUUGCUUAAAACAGUCUAAAAAUAUACUGAAUGAACAAUUCAAUAUACUGAAGGAAUAAUUCUGCUCUCUUCCAAAAAAAUUAUAAAUACAUAAAUACAUAUGCCUGGUUUUUUGAAAGCCGGGCUACUAAAACAUGUCAGCCUCUCGCACUGAUUCGUAAUUUAAUGCCCCUUCUUACUGGAAAAGUAAAAUCUCACCUCAAAAAAAAUUCUUGAAUACACGAGUUUCCAUUUGAUAGAAACAUUGCUCCCCUGGUGCAUUUUUCUGAAAUUUUCACUGAUUUCUGUCAAUCUUCAGCAGGCUAUUUGGAGCCCAUGGUUAAGAGCUGGGGGUGGGUAGUCCUGAAGAGAGAUUUUUAUUUUUAGACUAAAAGCAUCGCGGCUUUUAGCAAAUUAAGCUUUGAAAGAUUGCCUGCAAUGUGCUGGACUUGACUUAAGAUUUCACGCAACCCGGUUUUUAAAACUCCACGUAGACAUAAAUGAAUUAAAUUUAUUAACAUCUGUUACAAAGGUCAGUUUGUACUCAGUGUUAGUCUCACAGUCUUCGAUCCUCAACUGCACCAAAUAUUGCCUUAUGUAGGGAAUCCGAAUUCCGGAAUCUGGCAAAUAUUUGCUUGAGGAAUCCGGAAUCCAAGAAAAUUUUGCAGGUUGAAUCCGGAAUACUGGACUUUGCAAUCCAGAAUCCCAAUAAAGAUUAGAAUCCAGAAUCCAGGUUCCACUGAGAAAGAUUGGAAUCCAGUGCCUGGAAUCGGGAAUCCACGACGUGGAGUCCAGAAUCCAUCACUGUCAAGGAUUCCCUUUUUGGGGUGAUAAAUGGCUAUACAAAUAACUAUGCCGAUUGGAAUUAAAAAUUUAAAUCGACUUUGUGAGACUUUUUUACACAUGAAAAACUAGAUUCAUCAACAUUCAUAUAUUUAUGCAUAAACUGUUUGCUUAAAAUAUACUGAAGGAGUUCUUUUCCUCACGGCUUCAGGAAUAGUGCUUCACAAUCUUGAAUAUUAUUUCUUAUUAGGUUCGAAUGUAUCCAAUUAACGACUGGAGACGAGCAAAGUCUUAGUCAUAAAAGUAUUAAUAAACAUUCUUUUCAUGAAGGACCACGUGAGAACUUGGUCAAAUUGAGAGAGUGAGGUAACCAUUUAAGUGAGUGUAGGAUUGGCGUGAUGUGCUAAAAUUUCCUUGUGUGUGAAUGCAAAGUUCUGCGUAGCUUGAAGUCUCUUGAUGUUUGAGGAUGACGUUCUCGACCAGACAGUAGAGCAGUACAUAAGCUUACUGAAGUCUAAAGCAGAGAUAAUUAACAACAACGUGUUGUGUUACAGUAUCCCUGAGAGUUUGAGAAAACUCCAAAAGCAUGCUUUUAAGAAACAAAUACACAAUCUAUCACUACUUAAUCUUCAAAGACACGAAGACAGGAUAGUUAUGCUGAUAUAAACACCCUUAUUAAUGAAAUUAAAAAAGGAUUAUCUUAAUCCAAUGUAUUGUAACCUAUAUUUAUCUACUUAUGUACAUAUUUAUUCGUUCGUAUUAAUAUUCUUUUUAACCUCUUUUUCCUUGAUGUUGUAAAUCUCUAUUAUUUUCCCUGUAAAAUGUCUUAAAAUAUAUCAGUUCACGUAUGUAGAGUACCCACAAUGCCUGCGUCGAAGAGCUUUAGCUAAAUGAAGGUAGUGUGUACGUUUAAUGUAUUUCAUUGCUUUUAAAUAAAGUUGUUUUUGUUGUUGUUAUCGAAGCGGUUCUUUACCCUGUCGAACUGACAUAGCGAGUUUAGGCACAGUUUUGUCAUCUACUUGCAAUUGGUCCUUAACUGGACUACACCCUUACGCCACUCGUUUUUAUUUUCGCUUACUACUUCUUUCGCAAGUUAUACACGAUAACACUACCGGACAUACCGAACAGAUUGAGAUCAUAGUGAGAUACCCCAAUAAUCGGCAAGUGGACACCAGCUUUAUCCGAUUUGAAGGGGCUGAAUGUGAUUUCCUGGUUAUAUCUUUUAGGAAUUGUUUUCCAAGUAACCUGUUUGAAGCAGCUAUCAGUCAGGUCAGUACCACGUCUCCUUCAGCAUAUAAAACUAUAUGACGUCAUUAUUAUUAUUACUGAUAAUAAUAACAUAUUAUAAUAAUAAAACAAAACUUUAUUCAUAGAUUUAAAAAAAUAGACUAUUUACAGAUUCAAGAAUAUGAAAUAUUAAAAUAUAUACCCUAUGUACAUUCUCCUUGUGUACGAAAGAGAAUUGUCGUAAAAUGACUAUCUAAAGACUACUAAUAACAAUUAUAAAAAGCAUAAAAAAGUUAAUUAAAAAAAAACACUAAUAAUAAUAAUAAUAAUAAUAGUAAUAAAAAUAAUUAUAAUUAUAAUUCCAUUAUUUACCCUGGGCAGUAUUUGUAGCACUACGGUUAGUGGGGCCGAACAAAUGCCUUAGACAAAUAAAUUCAAAUCAAACUUAAUCCACCAUCUUGAAUUAUAAUGAGCCAACUAUGUCUGAGCACUAAUGCCCACACAGACCUUUUUGCUCAUUUAAAACAUCAACCGAUAAAUGCUCCAGUUAGUUUAGAAAUAUGUUUCUUUUAGAUAAUAUAUAGAGAGAAAGACAAUAUAACAGACGAAAAUCCUUGAAUAACAAUGACCGAGGCCAUGUUUUUAUGAGAGUCCGCGAGACUGAACACCCCAUCCAAACCGAUGCAAACCCUUGUUUUCACUAAAACCGCUGGACGCCACAACCUGGUUGAGGUCAUUGUUAUCUAGGGUCCUCUAAAACAGAUAUUGAGAAACAGGUUGUGUUGACAACGUGGUUAUCAUGGAAACAUCACUUAUCAUGGGCAAAUGAUUGUUACUGGAAGUUGGCUCCUCGUUAAAGUCAGGAAAAUUAAUUUUAAGAACCUAGAAAAAGUACUAGUGAAUUUUUCGUUAACAGAAAAAGACCAGAUACAGAUCAGCUCCUGCACGGUUCAAGACUUACAAUGUAACAGGCACUGAGUUCAUUCGCCUGGAAUCUGAUGAGGAGAUUGUCGCAGUCCACUCAAACGGAACAGUCAACGUCACUACCAUAAGGAAAGAGCUAUACGCAGGCUCAGACACCGUGCCCGCGGGAACUACGUCAUCUCCAGGGAGAAUGAAUAUCCUUGGGCUGAGUGUGUUCUCCAUCGUGCUUGGCAUUGUUCUUGGAAAGAUGCGCGAGAAAGGAAGACCAGUGGUCGAAUUCUUCUCCACCUUAAAUCAAGCGAUCAUGAUGAUUGUUCUUUUGAUAAUGUGGUGAGUAGCAUAAAGCCAAAACCUUUAGCAGAAAAUACUUUUCAUUGCAAGGUUAAGGUAGGUCGAAUACCAUCUAGCCUGCUAGCCUGCAUGUGCGAGUUGGACAAAAAUUUUGGCGAGGGAACCUUGUGGGAGUUGGAGGAAACUUUUCAUUUUUCCUUGUGCCGCCAAAAUUUUCCCCGAACUCGCAAAAGAGAGCUUAGUGCUCGCGGGAUAAGUACCAUCGUCCUAAUGGGUAUAGUCCCAAAAAGGUCUUUUGUUUGAAGUGACUUUCAUUUCGAUAACCUGUUUAUCGGCAUUUUAACCAAACUGGUCUAUUAAGUCACGUUUUUAUUGGUCGUCUGUCAAUUUAUGUGAAGAAUUGACUCGCUGUUGGCCCCUUUCUCUUCCUGCGUACAGAAUGGAAACAUGCCACACAUUAGAUUUCUAACUUCAAAGUCUUUGCACUUCCAUGUAUGUUAAUGUUAAUUGCGAUUUGUUUCGUGAAUUGUUAUUAAGGGAAAAUUGAGACAAAAGUUUGAUUUCCUAGGCUUGCUCCAGUGGCAGUUUGCAGCUUAGUCGCAGCACGCAUAGCUGCAAUGGAGGACGUUCUUAAUGUGAUCGGAAAGCUUGCCCUGUACCUGGUGACUAUAUUAUGUGGCUUGCUCAUCCAUAGUCUGGUCCUGUUACCGCUCGUAUUCUUUGUCAUCACCCGAAACAAUCCUUAUAGGUUCAUGAAAGGUGUUGGGGACGCCUUGAUGACAGCGUUUGGAAUCGCAUCCAGGUUUGUGGCAUGUAUAUGCGAGCAUAUGCAUGUAAAACUUACGCAGAGUAACUACAGCCCCAGAAAUGAUCCCCAAACCUGAAAUCAUCGUCCACAAUUCCACCCCGAUAUGAUACCGACCCCCCUCGUCACGUCGACCCCGAAAUGAUCCCCAGUUAAUCAUUGGAAUGAAAUGGUUUUCCGUCACGGAAUUAUUACAACUCUGUUGCAGCGUUUACGUUCUUGAAUUGCAUUUAACAUUCACUACUUUUUAGCGGUUUUGUCAUCUAAUCGCCUUUCUGUCUACUUUUGCAUCUUCAACAUCAUUUUAAAAAUGUAAGAAGUGUUAAAACACCAUUUUCAUUAUCCAAAGCAUACAGGUUUAACAUCAUUAGUUUAGAAUUCAACAUCCAUGCAGUUUUCUCUAUAGCCCGGGCUGCAAGUAAUUACGCUAAGAAAUGUUAUGCAUUGGAAUUUUUAAAUUUCUUGAUGUUACCAGUUGCAGUUCAAGAUGUUACUAAACGUAUACUAGACUUUGUGUAUUAAAUAACAUUUUCUUUUAAUCUAGUUCAAGGUAAUGUCAUUAAAGAAUGCGAGCGAGUGGAGAUUAUCAUUAAAACUUUAAAUGUUGUGCAUUCUGCUCGAUCCAUAGUUCUAGGAUAUGAUUCCAUUCCUAAAAUUAAUUAGGGAUCAUCUCAGGGUUGGGGAUCAUUUCUGGGUCUGUACAGGUCUCAAGAUGUUUCUCGGGAUACGUUUUAAAGGAUAGCGCUGUUUUAGGUUAAUUCAGUGCUGAAGUCACCACUUAGUACCUUUGCUAAUACACAAAAUUCCUCGUUAGCCUGAGAUAUGAAGAAGAUAUCCGUCAAGCGGCAAAUGUCAUCUGGGAAGACCAACUAUAAACGUUUUUUCGGUGAUUUUUGCACGCAUAGCUCUAAAACGUGAAAAAUUUUGCCCAACUUUUUCAAGUUUUAUUUCCUGUCCAUCUUUGGCAUCUGUAGCAACAGACAAUAGAUAAGGAAGCAGUUUCGAUAUCAAGAAUGGAAUCCAUUUAAUACGAAAACAAAUUUUUGCUUUUUAAAAAGACAGCAAAUAGCGUGGCAUAGCUUGCCUAAAGGGAAAUGUUAGGAAGAUUGUUGUUUGCAUCGUUUUUAAUUAUUUACGGAAUCGGACACUACAUUUGGUGAAACAACAAUGCUAUAAUCGAAAAAAAAAAGAAACGUUUUUGACAUUAACUGACAGUCCAUAUUUUCCAUUACCCACAGUGUCACAAGGCUUUUUUACCGUACCACUUCAUCCUUUAAUUUCCCACCAUCUUCUACAGGCUGUCUGAAGAUGAGAACUGAUUCUUGACCCUCAACUCGUACAAAGGCAACUAUUAGGGCACGUUCGAUCAGUUCGAUUGACUGUAUUCAGAAACAAAGAUUGAACAAAUUCUAAUAAAAAAUCACCUGUUUUGACUUCAAUUGUAUUGUAAAAGCUAGAAAUCUGGUUGAAAACUAAUACUUAAAAUGAAUGUAACAGCGCAAUUGUCUAAAAAUCGCGGAAAAUAGAUUUGUCACAAAUUUCUGCGUGUUCUUUUUUCGGAAUACAAUCAAUCUAAAACAUCUUUCAUCGUUACAGUUCAAGAUCAGGACUGAAGUUUCAGAAUAACAGAAUAUAGCGAAUUCUAACUAAUAUGAUUCCUUCGAUUGGUAAUUCCCUUUGAAUUUACUCAUUUUGUAUUAUAAGUACUGGGCAGAGAACUAGGUCAAAGUUAGGAUUUCCACUUACCUGUUCAUUCAAUUUCUACGGCGACUGACGCACAUACAUACUCUGAAAGAAUCGAUUGUUAGACUGAAAAUAAAUAUUUUGUUAAUGAAAGGAAAAAAGGCACUUUCUUCUGAUUAAAAAAUUGUGUUAAUCCCAGAUAGGUAGAAUUCUCUAGAGUCUUCUAGGUAAAAUGACAUCUUGCCUACUUAGAUAAGGUAAACUCGCCUGGCGGAUGGUCAACUUUUACGUUUCGAGGCUACGGUGUCGGACUACGAUGUCUUAUACCGUGCAUAAUUCCUGCUUAUUUCCAUUUCAGUGCAGCCACACUUCCCACAACAAUUCGCUGCGUGGAAGAAAAUAACAAGAUUGAUCCUCGCAUCAGUCGCUUUAUGCUUCCUCUCGGCGCCACCAUAAAUAUGGACGGUUUAAGCAUUGCUCGCGUGGUCGCUACCAUCUUCAUUGCUCAGCUUAACAACAUUUCCAUGAGUCCUGGACGAAUUGUUAUUGUUUGGUAAGUGUGAUUGCUUUACAAAUACCACUUGAAAUCCUGUGAUUAUUUAACUAUAGCAUUGCGAUGAUUUUGCAUUCCCAAAUGUGUCACAAAUGGGCCUAAUUUGGUCGUCUUUUACCAACAUCAGCGACUAGAAAACAGAAAUCUUGCACGGUGACCUCAAAAAUCUCCCAGUUUCGAUUGAUAAGUCAGUUUUAUCACCUUUUCCGGAUCAUGUGAAUCUCUAAAAAUCUUUACACUCUUAAUUCAUGUUAUGAAAGGGCUUCUUUGUGAUUAAUUAUCAAAAUUGUGACCGUUUUCUUUAAAAGGGUAACCAAGCUUGUCUGCAUUUGUGCCGGACUUUUAAGUAUGUAUUUACUAGUAUUAUCGCGGGCGAGAAGAGGAGCCCGUAAUCCUAAUCUUUAGCAGGUUGCUAUUACACAUGCGCGGCACUAACCAGCAUUCGUUUGGACUUGCGCUAAAGGCGCUUUCCAUUUGUCAGAACUGACUGGCCAGACCAGUCCCAUCGUAAUGAGAAUUUAAUUUUUGAGCAAAACUAACAAUCCAGAUAAGUCAAAUCCUACAUAUUAUGCACAAACAGGAGAUGGUUGUACAGCGAAACUUCUUGGAAAAAGCCUAUUUUCAUAUUUUAUUGCCAAAAUGUUUGGUCAGGCCAUGAUCCAGCCGGCCAGUUCUGACUUUUGGAAAGCGCCCUAAGAAUGAAUGGAAUGCAUAGGCCGAAAUCUGAUCACGCGCGUUUUGACUUCACGUGAUCUUACGCAAAGCAAAACGUUGUUGACGUUUGAGCACUGCUGUUAACGUCGCCCGCACUUCUUAACCUUUGGUUAUUCCUAGGAUAUGAUGGUGAGUGAAGACCACUUCAGUCACCAAUCACAAACGUGUUUACGAAGCGAAGCGGGAAUCCGAUUUGUUAACCAAGAGAAUCAUUACAGACAAAUUUAGACAUCACGAGUUUUUAUUACCCACAUUUUUUUAAAAAAAUAAUUUCAGCUUUCUCUCUUGAUGUACGAAAAGAAAAAAGAAAACCCAUUCAAGAGCAAGUGUUUUAUUACAGCGUGUGCCAUGGCGUGUUUUGUUUUUUUACGUUGGCAUGACGCUUGUCCUUUCAGUGGGCUGCCGAAAGCCAAUCACAUUAGACAAUUUUGUUACAGUUACGGCCGAUUGUAAGUCGAAUAGGACUGUGCGCGUCAUGCCUCAGUAAUAUUGCACGGUUUGAGUCAUCGAUUUUUCUAAUCAUUCGUAUGAUUACAGACCCAUUUAAACUCCUGUUAGUCUAGGCUCCGUUUCCACAGCUCUCUUGGAUCCGCUUUUUUCCUUCCCGAGAGAGAGAAAAAGAGUCUUUUCGGUAGCCUGCAGUGCAGGCGUGUUUUGGGCGGGAGAAACCUUGUUCGUGUUCGUAAUAUUGUUGUAGCCGCCAUCUUUGAUUUUAUGACAGUGGAAGAUUGGGGAGAGUAGAAAUAGUAUCUUUUCGGGGGAGGAGCGCGGGCUUAUUUCCUAAACAGUGGCUAGUAAUCUAGCCUAGAUUCAAUCCUAUUACCAUUGCAAAUAACUUUACCUAAUAUGUGUAACCAAAGCAAUCGUUUUAGCACAAGUAUACUGUAAGUAUAAGAGAGAGAUAGAUACCUCAAAUUGUUUUUAAAUCCCAACCACAGUUUGAUGGCGGUCGCGGUGUCGUUUGGAGCCGCAGGGAUCCCAGGUUCAGGAGUUAUGCAAAUAAUUCUUCUUCAAGCUGUCAAUCUUCCGCUACAUGACUGGGGUUUGCUACUCGCAGUUGAAUGGAUAAUGUAAGUAUCAACUUUGUUAUAUUACUAUCUUUUAUUUAGUGAAAGUUGUUACAUUCAGAUGACCCAUUUUCUCUUUUUAGCUACUAAUUAUAGCCUUUGGCUGCACUUUGUAUGAAUACAGUAUGUAUAUUUUUUUCAAGGACAAUGUCGAGCCACAUGUGGUUCAUCCAGAACGUCAAGUCCAUUUUAGAAUAUUUUUUUUCUUUUCGAAAAUUUCUGUUUUCUUCACUACUGGAAUUCACAGCUUUCUUCGCUAGUUUUUGAUGACUCUCAAAUCCAGUGGGAUGAUGGAUGCUUGAUAAAACUCUCGGACAUGCUCGUGUGUAAAUUUCGGAAAUGACCUCUACGAUCCCAGAAUCUCGUUUUCCUGAAAACAAUAAGUUAGCUAUGGGAAAAAAGUAUUAUUGCCCCUUUAAUGGCAGGGUUCGGGUAGUUUGCUGAUUCCUUCCUGGUACUCUUUAAAUGAAAUUAGAAUAAAGGUCAUAAUUAACGCAUCUAUUUUCGGUAAUACAUCAUUUGACUGAAAGCGCUUAUACACCCGUGUUUUCCUUUCCAGAGACCGUUCAGUGACGCUUGUGAACGUUCUUGGUGAUGCAAUGGGAACUGGGAUUGUACAGCACCUGUCACGUGACGACUUGGCGUCUCUAAUGAAAGAUGAAGCGACAGCGUUUGAUCAAAGUGAAAAUAAUCCCGAGCAGCUUCUAUCUUCCGGCGUGUAA